AUGCAAGUUUCUUCCUCAUCAAUCAACCCAUGCUUCGCAACACUCACUUCCAACCGCCACCACCGCAUUCACCGUCCCACCACCACCGCAUACUCCCCACCUUCCACCUCACGUCAUCUCUCCUUCCAUCUAUCUCAGAGAGCCACCUCUUCUUCCUUCACUUCACGCACACCAAAAAAAACCAGAACAAGAAAAAAACCACUCACCAUAACCUCCUUACUCGAACGUUUCACAGAAAGAUCAAUAAAAGUCCUAGCCUACGCUCUAAAAGAAGCCGCUGCUUUCAAGAGCAACUUCGUUUUCGCGCAGCACGUCAUGCUUGGUCUCAUAGCUGAAGCUGCAGAGAAUCCUUCUGAAACCGGUUUUCUUGGUUUUGAUAUCAUCACUCUUGACAAAGCUCGUGACGCUGUUCGUGUUCUGAAUGAACCCAUGAAUUACGUUGAUGAGGAUGGUGUGUAUGUUUAUGAAGAUAAACCUGUUCCGUUUAGUUUUGGCACGAAGCAUGUGCUUACUUCUGCUGUUGAGUAUUCCAAAUCUUUGAACCAUAACUUUGUUGAUCCUGAACAUAUUUACGUUGCUUUGGUUAAGUUUGAUGAUGGAAGUUCUGCUAGGAUUUUGAAUAGGCUCGGGGCAAACCCACAUCAGUUGGCAGCUGUGGCGUAUUCCAGGUUAGAAAAAGAGCUUGCUAGAGAUGGUAGAAAGCCAGGUGUGCUGUCCAAUGGGGUGCACAAAAAAUCUAUCUCAGAAAAGCAUUCUGAUGCAGAGAAGAGUGCUCUAUCACAAUUCUGUGUGGAUCUCACCUCCCGCGCAAGGUUAGGAUUAAUUGAUCCAGUUAUUGGCCGAGAAGUUGAAAUUCAGAGAAUGAUUCAAAUACUAUGCCGAAAGAAAAAAAGUAAUCCCAUUCUUCUGGGUGAAGCUGGAGUUGGAAAAACAGCUAUUGCGGAGGGACUGGCAAAUAGUAUUUCUCGAGGAGAUGUUGCUCCCUCUCUAUUGAAAAAACGUGUCAUGUCCUUGGAUGUAGCACUAUUAAUGGCUGGGGCUAAAGAGAGAGGAGAGCUAGAGGACCGUGUUACCAAAUUAAUAAAAGACAUAAUAAAUUCAGGUGAUGUCAUUCUUUUCAUUGACGAAGUUCACACACUAGUUCAAUCAGGAACAGCUGAGAGGGGAAGUAAGGGUUCUGGCUUUAACAUUGCCAAUUUGCUUAAACCUUCUCUUGUAAUGGGUCUAUUUCAGUGUAUUGCAUCUACCACCAUGGAUGAAUACAGGCUUCAUUUUGAAAAGGAUAAGGCUUUGGCACGACGGUUUCAACCUGUUUGGAUCAAUGAGCCAAGUGAGGAUGAUGCAAUUAACAUACUCAUGGGUAUACGUGAUAAAUUCGAGGAACAUCACAAAUGCAUAUAUACGGAAGAUGCCAUAAAGGCUGCAGUUCAUUUGUCAGCAAGAUACAUAGCUGAUAGGUAUCUACCUGAUAAAGCUAUUGACCUCAUAGACGAAGCCGGAAGUAAAGCUUCUAUUGAAGCCUUUAAGAUGAAAAAAGAACGUAACUGUUACUUACUUUCUAAAAACCCAGAAGUUUAUUGGGGAGAAAUUAGAACGGUUCAGUCCAUGCUUAAAAUGGUUCAGGAGAGCAAGCUAAAAUAUUAUGCCACAUCUGGCAUUGGGGAUAGCAAUGAACUCAUACUGGACUCUUAUUUAACUUCUGCAGUAUUUGAUAAUGAGCGUAUAGAAGUUAGGCCAGAUCAUAUAGCAGCAGUUGCUUCCCUCUGGUCAGGAAUUCCAGUUCAGCAGCUCACUGCUGAUGAAAGUAGUCUUCUGUUGGAUCUUGAUAAUAAACUUCGGGAACGGGUGAUUGGACAAGAGGAGGCUGUUUCUGCCAUUUCUAGAGCUAUGAAGAGAUGCCGGGUUGGCCUUAAGGAUCCCGGUAGACCCAUAGCAACUUUGCUAUUCUGUGGCCCAACUGGUGUUGGGAAAACUGAACUUGCAAAAUCUUUGGCGGCAUGCUAUUUUGGAUCAGAGAGGAACAUGAUACGGUUAGACAUGAGUGAAUAUAUGGAACGCCAUUCAGUGAGCAAGUUGAUAGGAUCUUCCCCAGGUUAUGUUGGUUAUGGAGAAGGAGGCAUUUUAACAGAAGCUAUUAGAAGAAACCCAUUUACAGUGUUAUUGUUUGAUGAAAUAGAGAAAGCUCAUUCAGAUAUAUUCAAUAUUCUUCUUCAAUUAAUGGAGGACGGCCAUCUUACUGAUUCUCAGGGUCGGAGAGUUUCGUUUAAAAAUGCGUUGGUGGUGAUGACUUCAAAUGUGGGAUCUAGUGCCAUUUCUAAGGGUCGACAAAAUUCUAUAGGUUUCUUGUUUUCAGAUGACAAAUCAACAUCAUUUAAUGGAUUGAAAUCGAUGGUAAUGGAAGAACUGAGGGCGUACUUUCGUCCAGAACUGCUCAACAGGAUAGAUGAAGUGGUCGUGUUUCAUCCUCUUGAAAAGCCGCAGUUACUCAAAAUAUUGGAUUCUCUGUUGCGAGACUUGAAGAAACAGGUAAAGUCCAACGGAAUCGAUAUAGAGGUGUCUGAAUCAGUGAAGGAGCUUGUCUGCAAAGAAGGCUAUAACCCAACAUAUGGUGCUAGGCCUCUCAGGAGGGCCAUUGCAGAUUUAAUUGUAAACCCAUUGACUGAAGCAUUGCUUGCUAAAAAGUGCAAGGAAGGUGACACUGUCUUCAUUGAUUUGGAUGCCAAUGGUAAGAGCGUUGUUAUAAAUCAGCUUGGUCAAACAGUCAACUUGUCUGACACAAGUCAUUCCUGA